AUGUUUCUAAGGUAUUUAGCUUGUCCUCGCAUCACCUUCAGCAUUUUAAGUAAUGGAUUAGCAAUGUCUAUGCCUGAGUCAAUGAUUAGUAUGAUGUUUACCCCUGAAGAAGUAGAGAAUAGCAAUGUAUGGAUUAGCUAUAUGCCGUUGGGUUUCUUUCAGCAGAUGUAUCAUGAUCUUCAACCUAAAGAUUGGUCUCAUAUUGAAGGUAAUCUUAAUAUAACUGUAAUGUUAGCAAAUGGCACACCAUCCCAGAGAUGUGGGGCGCACGUUAUCUACAAAGAAGAUGUCCAACAAAUUACAACUUGUAUCUCUGAUUACGGGAAUAUGGUGCAUGUUGAUGAUGAGGAUCUUGGAUAUAAUGAAAGUAUAUCUGGAAACACUUACGUCUAUGAAGAAAAGUUUGAUGAGAAGAGCUUGAUGCCUUUAAAAAGUAGAACCUCAACAAUGCGCCCCACGAAGCACAUAUGUAUUGCCAUGUACUAUAGUGGUUGGAAUAGGGAUCUUAUUGAUGAUGAAGUCUGA